AUGGCUAUCGAGGCCGGGCAGGAGGUGACCGAGGCGGAAGCGACCGAGGUGGCCGUGGUCGUGGAGGCGACGAUGGUUAUCGAGGCCGUGGAGGAGGUGAUCGAGGAGGUCGAGGCCGUGGAGGAGAUGACGGCUAUCGCGGUCGUGGAGGCGACCGUGGUGGUCGCGGUGGUGGAUUUCGACCUGGACCACAAGGUCCCAGCAUCUAUCGGUCAAUCCGUCCCCGCCCCCGAUCCCACCGUUCUCAAGACAGAAACUGCCCUUGCCAAAUCCCUCGUGGGCUACAAGCAAGCCGACCAGGCAUAUCCCUUGCGUCCGGGAUAUGGAACCCUGGGCAAGGAAGUGACUUUAUACGCCAACUACCUGUCGCUCACAGGUCUUGCCAAAGGGAAGCCUCUGCACCGAUAUAAUGUCGAAAUCGUGGCUGAGAGAGGUCGAGAGGCUCCGGCUGGAAAGAAGGCUCGCCAGAUCAUUGCUUGCCUCAUUGACGAACAUUUCGCCGCCCAGAAAUCCCAUAUAGCGGCCGAUUUUCGCUCCACAAUCAUCUCGGCUGUCGACCUCAACCUUACCGAGGGUCAGGUAUUCAACGUCAGAUACAAGUUCGAAGGCGAAGAUGAAUAUCGUGAGGACCCUCGCGUGUACCAAGUCAAGUGCACCAGUGUCCGCCAUCUCAACUCCGCCGACCUCAUCAACCACUUAACCUCUACCAACGCUGGGGACAUGCUAGCCACCAAGCCAGAGCUGAUCGCCGCUCUCAACAUCAUUAUGGGCCACCACCCCAAGACUAGCACGGACGUGGUCUCCGUCGGUGCUAACAAGCAUUUUGGCAUCUCCAGCCAGCUCAUGGACCGUCAGGAUCUCUCCGGUGGUCUCGAGGUGCUUCGCGGGUUCUUCAUCAGUGUCCGCGCAGCCACCGCACGGGUGCUGCUGAACGUCCAGGUCAAGUAUGUCGCCUGCUACAAGGCCGGCUCUCUAGCCCAGACCAUGGAGGACUUCAAGUAUGGCGCAGAGUUCAGAUAUGCACAUGAUGGCAAGAAAUCGUAUCUUCUUGCCAAAUUCUUGACGCGUAUGCGCGUCAUUCCGAACCAUAUUAAGCGCAAGUCAAGCAGUGGGAAGCCCCGACCUGCCCAGCCCAAGACCAUCUCCGGUCUGGCCAAGAGGGAAGAUGGUCGAUCAUUGGAAAAGCCACCCAAAGUCGCUCGUGAUGGCGCUGGUCCCAAUGAUGUGCAGUUCUUCUUGAGAGCUCCAGGUCAAGCAGUACCUAAGGCUCCCGGGGCUAGCAAGAAGGGCAAGGGCCCAGCUCCUGCUGGUCCUGCUCAGGCAGGCAAAUACGUGACUGUUGCGCAAUACUUCUUGGAUACAUACGGCAUGAAGCUUAACGUUGGUCAGCCAGUGGCCAACAAACUGUCGCCGGAUCAAACAAAGAACAUGCUCAGCUUUGCAGUCAGGGGUCGUAGCCCAGCGCAGAAUGCUGAGGCCAUCGCGACCAACGGCGUGAAAUUGCUAGGAGUUGACCCACUGAACAGCACACUUGCGUCAUUUGGCGUCGGGUUGAACCCGAAUCUGAUCACUGUCAAGGGCCGUGUCCUGCCUGCGCCGACGGUCUACUACAAGAACGACAAAUCUUUCACUCCUUUCAGAGGCUCCUGGAAUAUGCAAGAUAUCAAGUUCUGCAAACCCGGCGCACUGAAGAACUGGACAUUCAUCUUCUUCCCUGGAAGACAGUACGAGCGCAUGAGCAGCGAACAAGUCAUGGACCUGCUGUCAACCUUCUGUGGUCAUCUCAGAAGAACAGGCAUUGCCGUUGAGGCACCAAAGCCCGGCGCCCGGAUUCUCCAUCCAGGAAAUAUUCAGAAAGAGGUCAAGGGCCUUCUCGAUAAAUAUGGAAAGCUAGACUUGAUCCUCGGUAUUAUGUCCAACACAGAUAGCGGCAUUUACAACAGCAUCAAGCAAACCUGCGACGUGACCUACGGUGUUAAAAAUGUCAACGUCCAAGCAAGCAAGCUCACAUCCGACCGAGGUCUCGACCAAUACUGCGCCAACGUGGGCCUGAAAAUCAAUCUCAAACUCGGAGGCGCCAACCAAAGCCUCAAGAACAUGGGCCUAUUCGGCGAUGGCAAGACCAUGCUCGUCGGCCUCGACGUCACCCACCCAUCCCCCGGCUCCACCGACAGCGCACCCAGCGUCGCAGGAAUCGUCGCCUCGGUUGACAAAGACCUCGCCCAAUGGCCAGCCGACAUCGUCGUGCAAAAGCGCCGCGACGAAAUGGUCUCAGACCUGGACCGCCUCCUUCAAUCCCGCCUCCGCCUCUGGGCCUCCCGCAACAAGGGCGCUUUCCCAGAAAACAUCGUCGUCUACCGCGACGGCGUCAGCGAGGGCCAAUACAACCUGGUCAUAGACAAGGAACUUCCCUUGCUCAAACAAGCCUGCAAUACCCUGUACCCGGCAAAGGAUACCGCAAAGGGUCUCCCCAAAAUGGCAAUCAUCAUCGUCGGCAAGCGGCACAACACCCGCUUCUACCCAACCAACGCAGGCGAUGCGGAGAAAUCUAACAACCCCCAGCCCGGCACCGUCGUCGACAGAGGAAUCUCCGAGGGCCGCUCCUGGGACUGGUAUCAGCAGGCACACUCUUGCUUGCAGGGAACCGCCCGCCCUGCACACUACUUCACGGUCUGGGACGAGAUUUUCCACCCCAAGUACCCCAGCAACACAAACGGACCGGGCGCAGCGGACGUCCUGCAAGAGUUGACACACAAGAUGUGUUACCUCUUUGGACGGGCGACGAAGGCCGUUUCUGUCUGUCCGCCGGCGUAUUACGCUGACCUGGUCUGCACGCGGGCGCGCUGCUACUUGCAGGACGUCUUUGAUCCGUCGACGCCGUCUGCCAGUGUCGCUGGUGCGACGGAGAGGAGCGGGAGUAGCGACCCGCUUCCUGAUUCAAAGAAUUAUCGGCCCCACGAACUGGUUAAAGAUACCAUGUUCUAUAUCUAG